ACGGCGCUGUCCCCAGCCCCCACCUAGCCCCCACCCCCUACUGCAGGGAUCUAGAUUGUCUCAGCUCCUCCCAGCCUAUGGAACUGAAUCAGCCCCAGAGGUGCUGGGUGGAGAUCUCAGAGGUGAUUAUGUCCAAUCAAUCCCACCCCACCAUGGCCACAGGGCUCUGGAGCACCUCCAGGCAUGGGCACUCCACCACCUCCCUGGGCAGCCUGGGCCAGGCCCUGACCACUCUGGCAGGACACAAAUUAUUCCUCGUGGCCAAGCUGGCCCUCCCCUGGCACUAAUUCCAGGCCAUUUCCUUUCCUUCCAUCACCCAAGACUGGGGACAGAGCCAAACCCCCACCUUACUGCAUCCUCCUCUCAAGAAGCUGUAAUGAGGCCUCCCCUCAGCCUCCUCCAGCCUCAACAUCAUCAGUCCUAAUCCCUUGAGGCCUCCCCAGUCCCACUCCUCCUCUCGGAACGCUCUCACCAGGCAUGAGAGCCACCAAGUGGCACCAGCUGCUGGCAGGCUGCAGCCCAAGGAGGCUGUGACCCAGCCCCAACGCCGCAGGGGGAGCUGGCAGGACCUGAUGGCCUCUCACCAGGGCAUCCUGAGGAAGGGCUGCAGCUUUCCUCGCCCUGCGGGAGCCGUGCCCAGGCCGUGCUGCCGCGGGGGGUCCCCUCACCUGCUGCCCCCAUCCCGCCCCGCAGCCGAGUCUGGGCACGGCUGGCACCCCUGGAGCUGCACCCGCUUGAGCUCGGUGCAGCCGCACGGGACAUCCCUGGUGCCGGUAAAUGAGGCUGGUGAUGAGCUCAAGGUGCUCUGCCAAGAGCUGAUUGCUUCCUUCCCGAGCAGCCCCCGGCUUGUGCCAGCCUCUCGCCGCCUUUCCCGGCAGCCCCGGGGGCCGCCUGCUUCCUCCAGGCCCUGGCACAGAGGCUUGCCGGCCCGGGGGGGCUGCGGUGAGCUGUUAUCUGCCGACCACAGCCCCUCCCCUGCGCCGCGGGAGGGGCAGAGAGAGCAGAGGCUCUGACAGGCACCGCGGCUCUUGGAGAGUGGGCACUCUUCUGUGGGCACCCUUGAACCUGCACCACUGGGCACAGCACUCUGCCACACACAGCACCCAUCGGAGACCACCAGAGCCAGAGGAGUGGGUGCCAGCCUGGGACACACAUCAUGGGCAACUGCAUCCCGGUGAGCCCCAGCACCCUGCAGAACGAAACCAUGCUGGAUCUGUUGGACGUGGACUUCAACUUCUCCUACACCUAUGAGUCCUUCACAGACUACGACUCUGUGCCCUGCCACAACCACUACUGUGCCCACUUCCAGCGCCUGGCUCCUGCCUUCCUGGCUGUCACCUGCGCCGCGGCUGCCCUGGGCACUGGAGCGCUGCUGCUGGCACUGGCCAAGCGGCCCCGCGCCUGGGGCUGGCCCCACAGCCGAGUGCUGGUGGCCCAGCUGGCAGUGGGGACGGGACUGUUUGCCUCCCUGCUGCCGCUGGUGGCGGUGAGCAUCGGGCAAGGGUGGCGGCUGGGCAGUGUGCUCUGCAAGCUCACCUACCUGCUCUGGCACUGGAGCCUGUUCGCGCAGGGGCUGCUGGUGGGCACCAGCUCCUUCUGCACCGCCUGGGCCCGCUGGGACUCCCGGAGCCAGCGGCUGGCUGCGGCCGUGUGGGCCUGGGCACUGCUGCUGGCAGUGCCAGCGGCGCUCAGCAGCGGCACGGUGGCAGCCUCGGAGCCCAUCUGCAUCUACCGGGGCGUGGACGUCCUGUCCCCGGUGUACCUGCUGCACCUCGUCCUCUGCCUCUGCCUCUUCCUGCUGCUGCCAGCAGCGCUGGUGGUGGCGACCGCGGCCGUGCCACAGCUGAAGGCAGGCUGGGAGCCUGGCAUCGCCGUGAGCUGGCUCUUCCUUGGGCUCUGGGUGCCCUACGGCGUGGGGCUGGCCGUGGAUUUCCUGCUGCAGGCUCGGCUGCUGCAGCCUACCUGCGGCACCUUCCAGCACUUCGACUUCGUGCUGGGGCUGAGCCAGGGGCUGGGGGUGCUGCACUGCUGCCUGGGGCCGGCCGCGCUGCUCGCCCUGCGGCUCUGCCAGCCGCGGGCAGCUGCCAGCGGCAGCGGCUGAGCUCCGGCCGCUGAGAGGCUCCCGGCGCUGACGUUUGGCCCCGCAGGACCCAGGGGAGGGCAGUGCGGGCCCCUUGUAGAAUCCCGGAAUCAGCGACUCGUUGUGGUUGAAAAGAGCAACCAGGCAGGAGCUGAUUCAUGCCCCCCCGGGUCCUCCACGGCAAUAAACCACCCUAGGGAACCAC